GAUCCACUCCUGUGGAGCCAUCUCGACAGCAGAAGCAACAGCAGCAGUAGCAGCAGACAGCAAGCGAAGAAAAAUAAUAAAGCGAACUGGCUGUGUAGGUCGUGUCUGGCAAUAAGGAAGCUUCCAAAACUGCCAAGGGUGAGAAAAAGCGAGACAGAUACAGGGGGCGCGCGCGUUGCAGCACACACUUCCGAGGACACAUAACACACACGCAGAGAGAGAGAGGUGCAACAGAGGUGAUCUUUGUAGGGCUGUAGUGUUUUUUUUUGGUUGCUGUUGUUGUUGGUGUUGUGGUUUGUUGUUGCCUUUCUCCCAGCGCCGCGUUACAAAAUCUGUCGCCGUCCGCGAGUUUGGGUGUCGAGUCUGGCGUUGCUCUGCCCCGUGUUGUUUACCCCGCAGCCGCAGCCCCCAACAAAACGGUGCAGUGUGCAGUGCGUGCGUGCCAGUGUGUGUGUGUGUGUGCUCUUGUGUCUGUGCGUGCAGCGGAGAGGUUGUGCGGCCUGUGAUCCAGCAAUUUAACCUCGUUUUAUGCGCAUCGAGUGAAACAACAUAAAAAAGCGGUCCGUCUGGCUUGCUGGCUCACCAAGCGAUGCCAUUGGUGUCUGGUGGGCGGUGGGCGGAAGCUGGUGGGAAGCAACGCGAAGCUUGAAACGCGACUCCGCGACUGCACCGGACGCCCUGGACGCCCCGCUACCGAUCAUCUCGGCGUAAUGCUGCUGCAGCUGCUGCUCGCGACAGGAUUAGAAACGCAUUAGAACCCCUCCCUCCAUCCGAAGAGGAGUCUUCCAGGAGAGGGAAGGAAGGUCCGAGUGGUGGCACUUUGGAAGCAAAGGGGCAGCCCAACAGUGCACCCGUGACGAAGGAUGCAGCAAUAAUCUAAUACACACAGUAUUUUUGCGCGUGUACCAGGCUGCACAAAACACUUCCAUCGACACAAACGUUGACACACACACACACACGCACACAAACACACACCCAGAAGUACGCAGCAGGUGUAAUUUAGAAAAAAAAAGCAAAGGGGAAGCAGGGAAACCAGCGGUACCACCGGAGGGCUUUCGUCGCGGCAUCAAAAACAAAACAACAAAAUGCGCCGUUUAAUGCACUUUUUGUUUUACUUCUCCCUGCUGAUCGUAAUAAAAGGUUCGCUCAGCCGGGCCCGGUUGGCCGAGAGCAGCCUGAAGUGCGUCUCGUACCAGUGCAAGGACGGCGAGUGCAAGGAGGGCAUCGAUGUGUGCGAGGAGGCCGAGCCCGACCGGCCCGUGGGCUGCUUCGUCGUCUGGACGACGAACAACGUUACCAACGAGGUAAACGUAACGCUGAAAGGAUGCUUCACGAACCCGACCGAAUGCAACAACACCGAGUGCAUCGACACGACGACGUACGCGAAGAAAAACCUCAACUACUGUUGCUGCCGGGGCAGCAUGUGCAACCGGGAGCACAAGUGGAUCCCGGAGGCGACCAAAGCACCCGAGAUGAUGCACACGGUCGACCACGAGUCGAGCUUCUGGCUGAUCUUUAUCAUCGGGGUCGGGUCCUCGCUUGUCGCGAUGGUUGCCAUCACGGUCGUGUACGUGACGCACAAGAAGCAGGCAAUGUUUAACGAAAUACCAACGGUCGAGCCCGAUAUUUCCAACUCGUCCACCAACAUAUCGCACCGUCCGAUCGAUCUGAAGGACAUUAAGGCGCGCGGCCGGUUCGGUGUGGUGUGGAGGGCGCAGCUCGGCAACCAGGAGGUGGCCGUGAAGAUCUUCCCCAUGCAGGAGCGCCAAUCGUGGAUCACGGAGCAGGACAUUUUCAAGCUGCCCCGGAUGAACCAUCCCAACAUACUGGAGUUUAUCGGGUGCGAGAAGCGAAGCGAUAUGGCCAGCACCGACUUCUGGCUGAUCACGGCGUACUGCGAGAACGGCUCGCUGUGCGACUUCCUCAAGGCGCACACGGUCAGCUGGACCGAGCUGUGCAAGAUCGCGACGACGAUGGCGCGCGGCCUGACGCACCUGCACGAGGAGAUCCAGAGCAGCCGCACCGACGGGCUGAAGCCGUCGAUCGCCCACCGCGACUUCAAGAGCAAGAACGUCCUGCUGAAGGCGGACCUGACCGCCUGCAUCGCCGACUUUGGGCUAGCGCUUGUCUUUACGCCCGGAAAGUCUUGCGGUGAUACGCACGGGCAGGUCGGUACGCGCCGCUACAUGGCACCGGAGGUGCUGGAGGGUGCGAUCAACUUCACGCGCGACGCCUUCCUGCGCAUCGACGUGUACGCGUGCGGGCUGGUGCUGUGGGAGCUGGUGUCCCGCUGCACCGUGCACGGCGGCCCGGUCGACGAGUACCGGCUACCGUUCGAGGCGGAGCUCGGUCCCCAUCCGACGCUGGAAGAGAUGCAGGACAAUGUGGUGACGAAAAAGUUGCGCCCGCGCAUCUUCGACCCGUGGCGCCAUCAUCCGGGGCUGGUUGCAAUCUGCGAAACGAUGGAAGACUGCUGGGAUCACGAUGCCGAGGCGCGGCUAUCGUCUUCCUGUGUGCUCGAGCGGCUGUCCCAGUACGCCCGGUUUCCCACCCGGCAGUACUUCGUCGCCACCAACACCACGAACGAGCUGCCGGCCAAACUGGCAACCGAAAGCCUUUAACACGAGGCGUGCGCCCGCGGCUGGCAUACGAGCGCGAUCGAAAUUGCGCCCAAAAAACUAUAAUAAGCGAUAAAGAGAGGCGCGCGUUGUAUUACACAUUUAUCAACUCUUCAGCUGCUACGUGGUGGACUGUGUGGGGGCGCCUGUAAGGGAAUGCUUUGAGACAAAUAUGCACACACCCACACACAAACACACAAACACACAGCGACUAAAGAGAAUUUCUGAGAGUAUAGGGACAGAGGACGAUUGUUUUUUUAGCCUUAAUGAUGUAUGUGUGUGUGUGCGUGUGUGUGUGUGUAGCGGUACAUUUGAUGUGAACAGUGAGGGGAGGGAAAUGAUGACGACCACGUGUGCACCGCAUGAUAGCGCAUAUCAGAUUAUGUUAAUGUUUACCUUAAAAAUGCAACCUUUUAUAAACACACAUACACACGCAUACAUCCAUACAUCCAAACGACGUAAUAAUGGUGGUACAAUUGUAGCAAACGGAUAUUUAAGCGAAGCUUCCUGACAGUUCUUGUAUUUUUUUUUUUACAAACAUUAAAAGUAUAACCAUCCUAGCAUACGCGGGAGGAAAAUCUUUCGCCGUUUGCAAAAUCUGUUUUUUUGUUUUGUUUUUAGCCCUCCCCGCUUGAAGGCGUGAUCCAGAGCACAUCUUUUCAACAAGUACCUCUGUGUUUGCCACAGCACACAGCUUUUCUGCUGCAAGUCACGCCAUUACGCUCAUUAUGUUAACAAACUAUUAACAACACUGUAACAAUACUUUUUUGGGGUGGUUUUAGUCUAAACUGGCUAAAACACGUGUUAGGGAGAGGCAGCAGAGAAGAGAAAAGAAACCCGACUGGUGGCCAAUUGGCUGCUAAUGCACGUGUCUUUGUGUUUGUCUGGUACGUUUAGUACGAAACGCGCACCCUUUUGAAACACACGAUGUGUGUAUAUGUGUAUGAUUUGUAUGAUUUUGUUUAGUGCUUAUGGAUAGAUCCCCUCCCACAUCCCCUCAUUUUUUAUUUUGGUUCACUUCUGAGCUUUAAUCCACCGAUAACACAUUGAUUCGAUUGUCAAAACAAGUUCAAACUAUUAUUAUUAUUACUACUAUUACUACUACUACUACUACUACUACUACUACUGCUACUAUUAUAUUAUUAUUUUAUAAGAGAACCAGCUCGUUAGGAGGGCCCCCAUCACAACACUAGCUAGCGGACUAGGGAGGAAACAUGUGAUGGGGACGGUAGGGAACGGGAGGGGGGUAACGCCCGGAUGGUGUACCCUGCUGCAGUUGUCGAACAAGAAAUUAACGUCCACACGAAAGUGAGUCGCGCGAGUGAGGUUUAGCGGUAAGACUGUGCAGGCAUGCUAGGAGAGCGGCAGGCGCCAUAAUAAAGUUUGUCCCUUGGGAAGGGAGAGGAGGGUGUUGUAUCGUGUGAGGAAUUUUUUUCAUCUUUUUUCUGUGUUUGUUUUUGGUUUGGUACGAAUGUGUGUUUCUUUUAUAAUUUGUUUUACAACGAGCUUUUGAGCAAGUUCAGUAAUUUUUUAUGUAAACUUUUUUUUCUUGGUACAAAUCUGUUUCUUUCAUUUGCCAACAUCAACCCCAGAAAUGAUUGUUACAUUCAUGACUUUUUGUUUUUUGUUUAUUUUUUUUUUUUAAUCAUAAGGUCUCGGAGAGGUCUCUUUUAAAUCUCUUGCCUAGCGAACUGAAAACACAGCACUGAACAAGACUAAGAAAAAAGAAGGAUAAAAUCUGAAACAUUGUAAACUGCCCGAUUUUGUAAUAAUACAAAAUAUAUAAUGUAUUGCAAAUACAGAA